AUGGACAAUAAGCCCGGAUCCCCGGGGUCCGUGCACCCCUGCAGCUUGGGCAGCAACAUGCGAGCUGGGGGCGACACAUACCAGGUGACAGCCGACAUGAGCCAGUUCGAGCCACAGGACGUGGUGGUGACCACAUACAACUACCACAUCAUCAUCCAGGCAGAGAAGGUGGCAGAGGACGGCACCGUCGCCAACACGUUCACCCACAAGUGCCAGCUCCCCAAGGACAUGGACCCCAUGUCUGUCAGCUGCACCCUCACCGAUGCAGGCCUGCUGGUCAUCAACGCCAAGCGUGGUGUGGCUGCCAAGGCGGGCGAGACGCCCCCACCGGUGUACCGCACUGAGAUCAAGCUGUGA